CCACAACCGACGUGCCAAGCUAUGUUCCAUACUGGGCCACUCUCUACCAAACUCUACGAAUGGAACGAACUUGAAGCUCCACCAAAACGUGUGGAGAGGAUACUCCCCCGGGGGCUCCCAAGAAUCGUCCUCGACUGCUCGCCUGUCUAGACUCAGAGUAUAUAUACUCUGGUUUCCCUCUCGUUUCAUAUUCCCAUCACCAUCCAACCGCCUCCAGUCCUUCACACACUCAUUCCUACUCGGUCAGCACCACCAGCUCAAAAACCCAAAAAACAGCUUCUCGCACCAGCUCACUCACUCCUUCGUUCCCAACAAUCGCCAUGAAGUUCUUCAUCCCUCUCGUUUUCGUCGCCGGCGCGCUUGCGUCUCCGGUCGCCCUCGAGAGCCGCCAGCUGCUCAGCAGCUCGACCACCUCGAACGACUACGUGAAGGGAGGCUGCAAGCCUGUCGUGAUGAUCUACGCCCGAGCCUCCACCGAGUCUGGCAACGUCGGCACCCUCGGAGCCCCACUCAAGAGCGGCCUUGAGCGCGCCUACCCCGGCAACUUCGCGCUCCAGGGUGUCGAGUACCCGGCCGACUUGGCCUCGAACUUCCUCCCCCUCGGCAGCGGCCAGGACUCGAUCGACGAGAUGGCUCGUCUGAUCACCGACGUGGCAACGAAGUGCCCCAGCGCGAAGAUCGCCGCCGGCGGCUACAGUCAAGGCACCGCCGUCGCCGCGCGCUCGGUCGCGCAGCUGCCUGCUAACAUCCGCGACCGCGUCGGCGCCGUCGUGCUGUUCGGGUACACACAGAACGACCAGCUCAACGGCGGCAUCCCCGGCUACCCGCAGGACCGCGUCAAGGUCUUCUGCAACACGGGCGAUCUCGUCUGCGAGGGCACCCUCACCAUCGCCCUGCCCCACUUCAUGUACUCCGGAAAGGUCACCGAGGCUGUCAGCUUCAUCGUGUCGAAGCUCGGAAAUUAGGCGGUGGGCGUGUGCCAAAAAAGUGUGCUUAGCACGCUGAGGAAGGGUGGUGGAUACGGUUGUGGAUACGGUGGAUAUGCCGGCGGUGGUACCGGUGGUGUGAAGCGGGCUUCAAAAGCGUG